AUGCAAGAAGAAUUGCCAGCUGAUCAUACGACACAACUCACACUUGAAGAACAACAAUGUGAGGAUCACUUCAAGGCCACUCACUCUCGAGACUCAACGGGACGGUACAUUGUACGCAUACCACUCAAGCUCUCCGCCAGUGUCUUAGGCAACUCAUACAACACAGCUCAUCAUUGUCUUCAGCGAACUCUCAGACGACUCAACAAGGACAGGGAAUACCAGAGCCUUUACACCAAGUUCAUGACUGAAUAUGAACAACUCAAUCACAUGGUGAAAGUCACAUCAGAACCCUUAGGGAAUGUGGCGCCAUACUAUCUACCUCAUCAUGGCGUACUCAAACCCGACAGCACAACAACGAAGCUUCGGGUCGUUUUCAAUGGCUCGAGUCCAACUUCAUCAGGAUAUUCAGUGAACGAUCUCAUGCACACCGGUGCAAACCUGCUGCUCGAUGUCUCAGACGUCCUCAUGUGGAUCCGUGGCCAUCGUUACAUCUUUGCCACAGACAUAGCUAAGAUGUAUCGACAAAUCAAGGUACACCAAUCAGAUUGGGAUCUACAGCGCAUUCUGUGGAUUGACGAACAUCACAAUGAAACAUCAUACUAUCUCACCACGGUCACUUAUGAAACGAAGGCUGCUCCAUUCUUGGCAGUGCGGACACUCAUACAACUUGUUGAAGAUGAAGGACAUCGAUUCCCACUGGCAGUGCCACCAAUCACUCAUGGAAGAUACGUGGAUGACAUCUUUGGUGGUGCUGACACAGUGGAACAACUCACAGAAAUCGCUCAUCAACUGGAAAAUCUCUGCCAUGCGGGCGGGUUUCCUCUCGCUAAAUGGCACUUCAAUCAUCAAGAUUUAUUAAACGCAAUCUCAUUGACGGACUCAAUCUCCUCAUCAGUCUCACUUGACGAUUGCGCAACCAAAAUUCUCGGAUUAAGAUGGCUUCCUCAACAGGAUGUCUUCACAUUCGCAACAAGCUCAACAUCUCAUCAAGAACAAUUCACAAAGCGUCGUGUGUUAUCUGAGGUGGCACAGAUAUUUGAUCCACUUGGUUUUGUCUCACCAAUAAUCAUUAGAGCCAAGAUGCUUCUACAAGAGCUCUGGCUCCACAAAAUCAACUGGGAUGAUGCAUUGCCGUCUCAGGUUGGCUCACGGUGGCUCAACAUCAGAAAGGAUCUCACAAACCUGGCCAGGUUCUCAAUUCCACGUUGGCUCAACACAAGUAGUGACUCAAGCAUUGCAUUACAUGGCUUCUCUGAUGCAUCUCAAUUUGCCAUGGCUGCAGUCGUUUACAUGGUCGUGCUCAAGCCGUCCACUGGCGCCAAAACUUCUCUCAUAUGCUCAAAAACGAAGGUAGCUCCUUUGAAGAGGCUCACUAUUCCAAGGCUAGAGCUCACAGCAGCGCUGCUUCUUGCAAAAUUGAUCAAGCAUGUCCAUGCCACACUCAAGAUGGACAUCAAGACAACAUAUUUAUGGACGGAUUCUCAAGUGACUCUCACGUGGAUCAAAACACACUCAUCCCAAUGGAAGGAUUAUGUGCGAAACAGAGUAUCACAAAUCCAAGAACUCACGACACAUGCUCAUUGGAAAUUUGUUCCAGGCACAUCCAAUCCAGCGGACUGCGCCUCUCGUGGUCUAACUACAGCUCAACUUGAAGAUCAUAAACUGUGGUGGGCUGGACCUUGCUACAACCUGAAGAUCAAUGGCCCACUCAACCAACUGGCUCUGACGAACAGUGUACAGUGGAAUCACGCCCAGGAAUCUCACUUUUCACAACCAACAUGA